UUAGCCAGACGGAGAUGAAUACGACAUGGAAGUUGACCUGCUGGAGACAGACUGUCACGUGUUGGACCCGCUGCCUCUUGCCAACUGCACAGUCAGGCCCAAAGUACAGACGGCGGUAGAAGGAGACUGUGAUGUGGUGCUGAAGAAGGUUGGCGGUGUUCUGAAGGUCAUUGCAUUCAAGUGCAAAUCAGAGGUAUCCACAGAGGAUUUGUGUUUGGGCUGUCCCAGCUUCCUUCCCCUCAAUAACACCGAUGCGCUGGACUUUGUUCAUGCCUCUCUGACAACCUUCAACAACAUGACUGUGAACACGACACAUGUUCUUCUCGAGGUUGGAAGGUUGUCAUCACAGGUUGUGUCUGGUGGGCCCAUCUUCAUAACAGAAUAUGUGGUUGUUGAGGGAAACUGCACCGAGGAUCCCUGCGUGCCUCUCAACGAUGCCAUGGCUGCUCGUGGGAUUUGUACAGCCAAAGGUACAAUCGCCCAGCACAGUGUGGACUGCAAGAUGUUCUCCACUCUGAUUCCCAUUGUAGAUGCCAACAGCACUGCAGCUGCAGACCCCGUCCUACCACCAGUGGUUCAUGUGCACACACACGGCCUGUCACACAAGCAUGGCCACAGCCACCACAAACUGACUGCUCUCCACAACCCCCAUCAAAACGUCCUGUUAUCUGCAGAGUCAGCUGAAGUUGUACCUGUCGUCCCUGCUGCUGCUGCUCCAGCUGCAGAUUAUGAUUCAGCUGGAGAAUCUUUGACGAGUAAGGAGCCUCCUCUUUUCUUCAGGAAGAGAGAUGUAUCUGCUGCCAUCAUGGUUGAUGCUCCUGCUGUUCAAACAGGACCAGUUUCUCUCGUGCCAGUCUGCCCAGGAAGAGUCAGAUUCUUCUAA